GGAGUUCGGUCCUCAAGCGUGCAUGAUCAUGGUGGACGCUCGCUCUUUCCGAGACGAGGAGCUCUUUUUCGAGAGUUUUGCCUACAACUUGACCAUGGUCCAGGAAUUUAUUAAGAGGAGCUACACUGAGGAUCGAACCAUGUUGGGAAGGAGCCAACUCGGCCAGCUCAAAAGAGACCUGCUGGCCUGCAAUAGGGCAGGCAUCACUUGGAAGUUCCUAGUGGUCAGCAUUCCCAUGCAAGCCAUGGGAUUUCCUGCCGCACAAGACCGGUGGUACGGCUACGCUGCCGAGCGAAAUUCCCUACUGAAGUUUAUACAGGACGAAGGGAUUCAGAAUGUGGUCUUCCUUUCCGCGGAUAUCCACGCCACCUUCAUCAGUGACGUUGCAUGGCAGCCUCUGGGAUUCAUCCCGUCCGACCCACCUGAG